GUUAGUUAUCUUUUUUUCUUUUAAUUAUAGUUUUUAUUUAUUUCAGUUAACGAAAAAUGUUUUUACAGUUCUAGUUUUCGUCAUUUCGUUUUCGUUAACGAUAAUCUUGGUUCUCAUACUUAGUUUCACUUCAGUUUCACUUCUGUGACAGGAGGAGUUUUCAGCCUAAAUGAAAGUGAAACAGACUCAGACCCAGUCAGUCUGGUCUGUCAGGACUUUACAGACCGGCACAGUCCGGGAUGGGUCGGUUCUUCAGCUGGGUCUAUUCUGGGUGGGUUCGGCUCCGACAGGGGAUCCCAUGGCGGUUCUUGAUCCGGAUGGUUUUGGCCGGACUGGCUUUAUUUACAGUCCGGUACAAACUGAGACAGAAGGGAGGAAGAGAUGAAGAAAGAACUGAGGAGGAGGAAGAGGGGCCAGGGGGGGCUGGGGGGCUCCAGGAGGAACGGGUGGGUAAGAGAGCAGAGGGGUCCGAGGAGGAGGAGGGUCCAGGACGGCAUGGGGGGGCCCGGGAGGACCAGAUAGGUAAGAGGCCCACGGCGUCCGAGGAGGAGGAAGAGUACCAAGUGGAGCCCACAGAUGAAUACUACUGUGAGUAUGACUCCACCUGGGACCACGAAGACCAGCAGAACCCACCGGACAGGACCAGCCCCAGCCCCAGGUCAAGGUCCAGAUCUUACAAGUUUAGGAGAUUUGAAGAUGCUGCAAGAGACAUGCAGAACUACAGGCAUGACUACCCAUUCAAACCGCGGCGUUGGGGAAGUGAAGCACCUAACGGUAAACCCAACCUGGACUUCUACCUUGGACGGAGCCCGUCUUUACCUGAUGGUGUUUACAUUGAUGACUUCCACAAUGACUGGUACAGAGAAUACGAGGCACUGGAAUAUGUGCACACCUAUAUUCAGUGGUUGUUUCCUUUACAAGAGCCAGGAGUGAACCAACAGGCCAGUGUCCUGACCAAGGCAGAGAUCCAGGAAUUUUGUCAAAACACGACUGCAAAAGAAAACCUGUUGAAGUCGUACAAGCUCAUGUUGGACUUUUAUGGCAUCGAGUUGUGUGACGAGGAAACAGGAGAAGUCCGGAGAUCUUCCAACUGGAGAGACCGAUUCGACAACCUCAACAAUCACACCCACAACAACCUGCGCAUCACCCGCAUCCUCAAGUGCCUGGCAACGCUGGGGUACCCUCAGUACCAAGAACCCCUGGUCCACUUCUACCUGGAGGAGACCCUGGUCAAAGGGGAACUGGCUAAUGUCAAAGACAGCGUUCUGAACUACUUCAUCUUUGCUGUUCGAGAUAAGAAACAGCGCAGGAAGCUCCUAAAGUUCGCCUAUUUGAACUAUGACCGCAGAGAUGAGUUUGUGUGGUGUCCAAAGAAAGUCCAGAUGAAGUGGUCUGGUGUGUCCGAGUCAAAGCAGGAUGAGGACAUGACCGACGGGUGGGGGGCAGCCUCGACUCCUCGGGCCCGUGGUGGACCCCAGACAACAGAAUUCAAGCUGAAGAGGAGCAAGUCCAUCUGCUGUAGUGUCCCUUCAAUGUGACACUGAAGGCCCCCCACUGUCCCUGAAGACAUGGGGGUGGAUAAGGACUUCCUAGUCAGUAUCCACACAUAACAAUCACAACAAAUGUCACUGGUUAAAAUGCAACUAAACUGUUGUCAGUCCUCCUUUGGUUCUACUGGUAAACUGCACAUGUAAACGCUGCCUUCACUGCUCAGUUGUGUUCAUAUUUAAAUACUAAAUCUGUGUUUUCAAGUUUGGAAUCAUGUAUGGAGUUGAUUCAUUAAAAAUUAUAAUGAAACAGCAAUUCUUGUUUAACCUGAGAACAACAAAUGUGUAUAAACAAGGAGGAAUAAAUGUAAUCAAACGGGUUUAAUUGUUGAGUUGAAAGAAAAUCAGGACAUUGAAUUACCAACCAUUGAUGGGUUUAUACUGCAGGUAGGCGGAGCCUUUCCAUUCAAAGCUGCUAAACAUAUAAACACAAAAUACCGUGCAAUGGCCACAGUUGGGAACAGUGUUUCUUUAACUUUCACAUUAACCAUCUCAGAUAUAUGGCUUUACUCUCUCUACUUAGAAAGUAUGAUUAAAACAUCAGUAUAUACCAUAGACAUUCAUAUUUACAUGUUCUAAAUUGUGUUAAAUCAGUUACAUAAUGGUUUCUUUUAAAAAAAAAAAAAAUCACUUGAUAGAAGAAAGGUACAUGUAAUGGGACUUGGCCUACCCAGAUAUCCUGUACCAAACCACUUCGAUGGCCUUCAGUUUUGUCCAACAUGAUAAAAAAA